AUUUUAUUUACAGUAAUUUGCUAGUAAUAUAUUGUAAUUAAAUUCUUAAUUAUUUGUAUAGUAUCUGUGAGUGUAUACGGAGCGAUUUCAGUUCAAUUUUAGAUUGAUCGUGUUAUUGACAAAGCUUAACCAUGGCGAAGAUGACAGAAGCCGAGAUCCUGGCCAAGAUGAAGGUGCUGGAGGAUCGAAUCAAAGCACCCUCCAUAUGGGGCCGCGUGCCGUGCGGCGUCCGCUUCGAAGACCUCCAGGACAAAUACUACGAGGACGCUGUGAGGCUGUUGAAGAAACAUUACUUGUCCGAGGAACUGACGUAUAGAUCGGUAAAGAUAAGCGAGGACAAAGAGGGCGUGGACGAGUUCACGCACAACUUGCGGAUAUGGAUGAAGGACAAGAUGUCCAUCGCGGCGGUGAAGGAGGGCACGGAGAAACUCGUUGGCUGUCUCAUCAUGCGGAUACAAGAAAAAAAUGCAUAUUCCCGGACAUUCAGCCGCGUGAAGCUAACAUAUAACCCGCUUUACAGCACCGUUAUGAAGUUUUACAACGAUGUUGAGAAGCCUGUAAAUUUAUUUGAGAAGCUUGGCGUGAGAAAAUAUCUGAAGGUGUACAUCAUGGCUUUGAAGCACAGAUACCGACAUAGAGGGUUAAUGAAAGAGAUGCUGACAGCGGCUGUAGCUUUAUGCGUGAACGCCCACAUUCCCGCCAUCACCGGCAUCUUCACCACUAGCCGUUUGCACCAGGUCGCUGAGGAAAUGGGUUUUCACAAGUACCAAGAGAUAUACUACAAGGACUAUAAAGUAGAUGAUAAGGUAGCAUUCGAAGACGUUGGCAUUGGCAACCAUGGGUCAGCAUUAAUGGCAUAUCGCAUCCCUGAGGUGGAGGAACUACAAGAGGUGGAGGUGCAGCACUCGUCGCGCUUCAAUAUCCAGUCCCUCGACGAGGGGUCCGAACCCACGCCAACGCUUCAAAUGGUUGUCUGA